GUCGGAUUCCACCAACAACAUCAUCAUCAACAUCAACAUCAUCCUUCAACGAUUCAGAUAUCAACUCAUCAAACUCCAGCCGAUUGGACUACCACCGUAUCAUCCCUCAAUCAGAACACUCCACCAGUCUUCAGCGCCGUCAAUUGGAGUACACCAUCACUUUUCAUCUCGGGCUCUUAACAAGAUGUCCUCAGAUGAAAGCGAGGAUUUUAAUGUGGCAAACGAUGAUAACUCCGGGUCAGACUUUGGCGAAAUCUCUGUACCCAAAUCCAAAGCAAAACCCAAGGCUGCCGCUAAGCCUAAGCCAACUUCCAAGACUACCAAAGCUGCCCCUAAACCCAAGGCAACCGCUGCGAAAAGCAAAUCCAAACCCUUAACCGAUCGAGAUGAAAACCAGGCAGAUUCUGAUAAUAAUUCCGAAGCUGGAGAUGUCUUGACCGAACUUCCUGCCUCAAAGCCCCCUACUACAACUAACGGCCCGGCUGGAUCUAAGAAAAAGACAGCCAGUGAAACCUACCAGAAAUUGUCUCAAUUGGAACAUGUUCUCAAGAGACCUGAUACGUAUAUAGGAAGUGUCGAAGCUAUUCGACAAUUCAUGUGGAUUUUCGAUAAAGAGAAGAAAACGAUGGUCAACAAGGAGAUUUCAUUUGUCCCUGGACUCUACAAAAUUGUCGACGAAAUCCUUGUCAAUGCGGCUGACAAUAAGCAACGUGACGAUAGUAUGGAUACCCUCAAAGUAACUAUCGAUUCUGAGAAAAACAUCAUCUCGGUUAUGAAUAACGGAAAGGGAAUUCCCAUUGAGAUCCACGAGACUGAACAGAUUUACAUACCCGAGCUCAUUUUUGGACAUCUUCUGGCCGGAAGUAACUUUGAUGAUGAAGAGAAAAAGACGACGGGUGGCAGGAAUGGUUAUGGAGCGAAACUUGCGAACAUUUAUUCAACCGAAUUCAUUGUCGAGGCUGCCGAUAAACAAACAGCCAAAAAGUACAAGCAAAUUUUCAAAAACAAUAUGUCGGUGAAAGAGAAGCCGAAAAUCACCGAAAAUAAGAAAGGGGAAGAAUAUACUAAAAUCUCGUUCAAACCUGAUCUAGUCAAAUUCAAUCUACCAGCUGAGAAUGGGCUUGCAGGAGAUAUGGAAGCCUUGAUAAGUAAACGUGUUUAUGAUAUGGCCGGAACUCUGAGGAAUGUGAAAGUGUGGCUGAAUGACGAGAGAAUUAAGCUCACGGGAUUCAAGAAAUAUGUGGAAAUGUAUACGAGCGGAGUUAAUGAAGCCAUCAAAGGCUCCGCAGCCAAAGCUCUUGAGGCUCCCGGAUCCCCUGGUAAUGGUGCGACGAAAACACCGAUCAUAUAUGAAGAAUGUGGCAAGCGAUGGGAAAUUGCGUUUGCACCUUCAGAUGGACAAUUCCAACAGGUGUCCUUCUGUAACUCGAUCGCGACCACAAAAGGCGGUACUCAUGUGGAACACAUCGUCAAACAAUUGGUCGAAAAAAUCAUCGAAUCCGUUAACAAGAAGAAAGCUAAACUGACCCUCAAACCCUAUCAAGUCAGAAACCACCUCUGGGUCUUCGUCAACUGUUUAAUCGAAAAUCCGACGUUUGAUAGUCAGACCAAAGAGAAUAUGACCUUGGGAAUGAGCAAAUUUGGGAGCAAGUGUGUGAUGACCGAAGAGUUUAUGAAAAAAGUGAUGAAGUCGGGAGUAAUCGACAGUGUAAUGGAUUUUGCAAAGUUUAAAGAAGAAGCUGCUCUGAAGAAAACCGAUGGAUCAAAGCGAUCUCGAAUCACCGGUAUUGUCAAACUAGAAGAUGCCAACAAUGCGGGGACUAGGAAGGCGGCAGAUUGUACGUUAAUCUUGACGGAGGGAGACUCUGCCAAAUCUUUAGCUGUUGCUGGUCUCUCCGUCAUUGGACGCGAUAACUACGGCGUCUUUCCGCUCCGCGGUAAACUGCUCAACGUCCGUGAGGCUAGUGGUGCUCAGCUUCUGAACAAUGCUGAAAUUCAACAUAUCAAACAAAUCAUGGGCCUUCAACAAGGCAAGAAAUACGCUAGUAGGGACUCGCUUCGAUACGGCAGCUUGAUGAUCAUGACCGAUCAGGCAAGUCCUCCCCAUCACGACCACGCACCUUCCCUUCAAUAA